AUGGAGCGGGACUCUGGAAGCCAAAGCCCUUUCGGUGUGCGCAGCCUUAACCAUGACCAGAAACUCCCCCAGCACCGCCACGUCAAGUCCAACGAGACGUGCAUCGACCCGUUGGACAAAGACCCCAAGCGCCGAUGCAACUGCUUGAACCAUCGUCAUCGCUACCGCCGCCCGUCUCCGGUGCGCAUCAAGUACGAAGCUCCGUCUGCCAUCUCCAGGAUGUACGGCCGCAAGAAGGAUGACGAGGGUUUCUGGAGGGAGGACGGCUGGUCCUACUCGCCCACCACGCCCGGUGGUCGUCGACGCUCAUCUGGAAACCUGCCUUCCACAACACCCGCCGGCCGUCCGCUGUGGUCCAACCGCACUACGCGCUCCACCACUCCGAACGGGCCCCCACCCGCUUCACGCCAGCUCUUCGGCACCUCACGCGGCACGCCCUCCCGCAACACACCCUCUCCAUCCUACCGCUUCGGCCGCCCCAGCCCUUCACCCUCGCAACAGAAAAACAGGACCAUGUCUGCCUUCGCCUUCAGCACCAGAGGCCGCGGCAGGAGCUACAUUCCCACCAGGUCGCAGUCCGCCCGCAGCUACUACUCCGACGCACCCUCGGACGUGCCCUCGGACGCUCUUGCCAGCAGCCCGCCUCCCGGAACCGAUCCUUUCUACGACGACCGCGGCUAUUUCGACCACCAACACCACUACUACGACGACCACGAGGACGACCGCAUGGACGACGAUUACAAGCAUGGCUACGGUUUGCCCGAGGCCGAGGAGAUGGACGAGGACCAGGAUAUGCAGGAAGAUGAGGAUGACACUAUGAUGGACAAUUUUGGCCCCAAGCCUGCAUCGCGCAAGUCCAGCAGACCUGCUUCUCCCCAAAAAUUCAGCGUCAAAGGCUCAGCGAGGGGAUCGCCCUCCAACAGGUCCAGGGCUUCGACCAUGCGCAGCCCCGUGCGCCCUCCCCCACAAAUGCACCUGGGCAAGUCCGGCGCCCAAUACGACAUCGGAAGCAUCGCAAAGAGCUUUGCCGCCGCCGCCGCCGCCCGCCCCGUGACCUCUUUGCAGGAGCCGGAUGAGCUUGUGCGCGAAACCGAGCGCAUUCUUUAUGCACUUGGCGAAGGCGACGCAACCGAGGACGCCCUUUCGACGGCCGUGAAGGAGCUGUGCAACCUCUGGAACCACCCGCACAAGCCCGUUCCCAAUGUCAUUGGACCUGCGGAUAACGACUCACCUCUCGCCAAGGCCGACUUCAUUGCCAGCCUGCUUCUGCCGAUUCACCACCCUCCUGCGUUUGAACCAGAGAGGCAGAACUUUUCGCUGUCCAGACGCGGCCAGAUGUCUGCUUUCAGCCAAUCAUUCGCACGUCAGUAUGCCACUGGACAAACACCCCUCCCCAAGGUCUUGGUGGACUGGUUGAAUGCGCGCCAUGAUCCCAGCGCUGCUGAGUUCGAGCAGCUUCAGAGGAUGGCCGGGGGCUACUCUGCUGCUCCUGGCUUCUGGGACGUCAUUUUCUCCUGCGUUAUGAGGGGCAGCUUCAAUGAUGCCAUACAUUUCUUGAGGGAAGGCAACUUCGCCGUUGCUGACUCCGCCUUGGAGGAUGGCUACGACAGACCUGGCUAUGCUGGCAUCGAGCUCAUCAACGUCGAGAAGGCCAUUGCGCAAGCCAUCGAUGUUCUUGAGUACUGCCCGGCCUUCACUCACGAUGAUUGGGAUGUGAAAGGCAUGGAUUGGGGCUUGUACAGGAGGACUGUUCAAGAUGCGCUCGAAGAUCUGAAGCUCUUCGCCGAAGGUGAACGUGCUUUUGCCGAUGAUGAAUAUGGCUUGGGCGCGCAGGAUGACGGUGCCUACAACUUCAGUACCGCAAGUCGCAGGGCUGAGAGCAGAGUGCCGUACACCGUCUACGAGAACUUGCAAAUUCUCUACAGCCUUUUGCUUGGAAACGAAGAGGAAAUUCUUGGCGCCGCCUUUGACUGGGUUGAGGCAACCGUCUGUCUCACCGCCUGGUGGGAUGGAGAGGACGAGGAACAGCUCAUGCGGCCGACGAAGCGCUCUAGGCACAGCAGGGUUGCAGACGUCACGCCGGGACGUGCUUAUCGCAAGAGAUUUGCUUAUUCUCUCGCCAGAGUCAUGGCAGAGGAAGAUCCUGGCCUCUCGAUUAACAGCAACAAUCCAGUCGAGAUUGCUCUUGCUUGCGUCAUGGAGGAGAACAUGGACGGCCUCAUUCCUAUCAUGCGCGGGUGGUCCCUAACAAUCACGGCGGCAAUUAUUGAGAUUGCAAGUGCUGGAGGAUGGCUCGGCGAGUCUGCCUCAAGAAACCUCCUGAGGGGAUUCGAUCAAAGCGACCUCAUGGUCCUGAGCUACGGGCAAGGAGAUAAGCCCGGUUUUGACAAGGAUGAGAUCCUCCAGCAAUACGCUGAGAUUCUCUUCAGCAAACCCAAGAUCGAAAGCGCCGAAGGAUGGGAACUGGCUAUCCAAGUCUUGGGUCGUCUCGAUAACGCUGAAGCCGCGAAGAAGAAGAUCAGCGAGCUGCUUGAUCGCCUCCCCUUGAGCUCGGCCGAGCGGGUUGACAAGAUUCUCAGUGUCUGCAACAGUCUCGGUCUCGUCGAGCAUGCAAACAUGAUUGCAGAGCGCUAUGCAGCUUUCUUGGCUGAGAACUCGUACAACUAUGGUUCAGCCUUGUUUUACUACGCUCGUGCACACAACUCUAAGAAGAUCAGGGACGUCCUCGACCUGCUCAUUUCCCUCUGCCUCAUCCAUUCUACCGCCUACCCGGCGCAGGCCGACCUCGACGAGCGUCUCAAGGCGCUCAUCAACACACCGAAGCAGACUCUGUCACAUCUUGCUCGGUCCGAUCUGAGAGCUGCUCAGAUGCUGUCCAUGUAUCUCAGCGGUUAUGCAACGCUCCGAAAGUUCUACGACUUGCGUGAUGAAGAAGUCAACUUACCGGAAGGGAAGAAACCUGCGCACCGUCCCCUUGAGAGGAGACGACUUGCUGCUCAGGCUUUGAUUGCCGUCGUCAAUAGCGCUGCUGAUAGUAUUCGCGGCGGACUCUACGAUCCCGACAUUGAUUCAGCCGUGCAGGUUGACGGACUUCUGACUCUGUUGGGCGAGUCGCUGCCUUUCAUGACCCAUCCCAAGCGUCUUCUCUCGUCGUCGGAUCUCUCCACACUUAUGCGUGCCGCCGAGGACCUCCAGACCGCCCCCUCGCUCGUCUAUUCCCAAUGUGAGGAGCAUCUUCAAGCGGCAUUGGCACACGCCCAUGGCACAGGCUCGUCUAAUAUCGAUCCACCACGCUCGCUCAAGAAGUCUGUCUCCAACCUGACGGCUAGCUCGUAUAGCCUAGUGGGUAGCUCUGUACUCCCGUCCACUGAGGGUAGCGGCGUCCUGGUUGAUGAGGGAAGCGGCACGCUUAGCAAGGAUGCAAAGAGGGGUUGGGACUGGCGGAAGGGUCUUUCCCAUGGUGCCAAGGGGAAGGAUGUGUGUGAUUUCCUGAGAGCAAAGGCUGCUCAAGAGCUGGCACGCGCUUGGGCGGAGGAGAAUUGA